UUGGAUCUGUUGCUUCUUCUUCAAUGGCAGUCUCAAUCAUCCCCACCUUAAACCCUUGAAAACCCCAGGAACUUAAUUGAAAAGAUUUGCCAAAUUGAUAGCUAAAUUUUGUUAAUUAGGGUUCAACUUCCACAUGUAUACUGAUCAGUAAGUGGUAAACAAUGCAUUAUCUUAAUAGUUUCAAGCGUGUCUCCCAGAUGUUUGAUAAAAUUCCUAAAUGGUGGGAGAGGAUAAAGCUGAGCUAGGGGGUUUACUUGAAAUUCUACCCCCUGUUGAGUUCUGCUGUAUAUAUGGUUCUAAACUCCAUCCCAACAACAAAGAUGAGACAUCUAUGACAGAUUACAUAAUUGGAGUAUCUGAUCCUCGACAAUGGCAUUCUGAGAAUCUAAAAUUGAACAAGGAUCACUAUGCUUCAUGUCUCAUUCGCCUUGGUGGAGCAAGGAUGAUAACUGAUAUUGCAAAUGACAUUGGUGUUGGCGUACACUUCAACCCAUUUGUGUCUUGCAACAACAAGAUGGUCAAGUAUGGAGUUGUACGGAUGCAUGACUUGAUUCAAGACAUAUUGGGAUGGGAGAGGUUCUAUCUCAGCGGUCGUUUGCAGAAACCAGUGAACAUUCUUAUGGAUAACUUGGAUAUAAAAAACGUGAACAGCGUGAACCUGAAAGCUGCAACUUCUGCUGCUCUUCUCCUUUUGCCAUCAAAAUUCACGGAGGAAGAUUUAUAUGCCAAAAUUUGUAGCCUCUCAUAUACAGGUGACUUGCGUAUGCUUUUUGCAGAGGACAAAAAUAAGGUGAACAAAAUUGUACAAGGACAGUUCCAUUUAUUUGAGGAAAUGUAUAAGCCAUUUCUGGAAGAAUAUGAGGCCAAAAACUUGUUGAGAUUUUCAUUAGCUGGUGAUAAGCAAGUAAACAUAUUUCAGGAUUGUGGAUUAUCUGCUGCUUCCACCUUGGUUUCUUCCCUUCCUUCAUCAAUCAGAAGUGAGAUGGCCAUGAAACUUGGAGAUAAAAGAAUUCUGGAUGACUCUGGUAGAGUUAGACAACAAGUAGUGAUUGGUUCAAAAGAACAGGCUGCUGAGUGCAUGAAAAGGCUAGUUAGACGUAAGGUUAUGUUUUCUAGCACAAGGCAGGCUGUUGCAGGUUUAUUGACUGCUGGUGCUGUUCAUGGAGUCAGAUAUGUUGCAAACAAGAUGCACAAGGCUUGGAAAUCUUGGGUGUAAUUGUUUCGUUUUUUUGGGUGGCAUCACGUCUUUUAACUGCUUCAGACAUGGAGAUAUAGCCACAACCACGGUUACACCUAAUGACAUGCGGUUCAACCAUGGAGUCCUUAGCAUGGAUAGACUUUGCCGACUCUCCUGCUGCAUUUUCAAAAUAAGCAAAUAGAAUAGAGGGGGAAAAUAACCAACAACUCAUCAAAAAAUUUCUUCUGAAAGUUUUCUGUUCACUUGUAUCUUUUCUUUUAUUUAUUUCAAAGGUGGGAAGAGUUCUUCAGGGAAGGUCAAGCUGUUGUAUGAUUUAGAACAUCCUAGUGUGCCAGUUUUAAAGAAGUUAAUCAAUGGUUCUAAAGAAAGGAAUUGCUAUUGUUACUCUAUGUGUGUGUAUUAUUUUUUCCUUUUCACAGAGAACACGUAAAAGUGUUCCAAGGUUCAUGAAUUGAUCAUCAUGCUUCAUUAGUUAACUUCAAAUUGGAGCAAGUUGAGCAGAAGGUGGAAUUGUUCAAAUUUUAUCUCUGCCCCCAAAGGGUCAAAUUGAACACAAGGUGCCAAGUUUCUGAAGAAAGUAAAUCUCCUCCUACUUUUGGAGUUAAUGACCGGUGGAGUAUGGCAUAAUAAGAAAGCUAACCAUCAAAAUCUUCAGUUUGUAUUUUCCUUUUAACUUGUUCAAAGUUUGGCACAUCACCAUGUCAAUACUAACA